AUGGCAUGGAAAACCCCUCGUUCGAAGCUUUCUACUAGCAAUGGAAAUCAUGAGAGACACGUACCCACGAAACCUCAGAAGCUGCCUACAAUGAAGCGUGGCAGUAGCCUUCGUGUGGGUCGUGUUGUAUCUGACGUUCGAAGCACAUCGACGUGGGAUAAUCAAUCAUCGAGUCCUUUCGUACACGAGGAAGAGCGGCGAGUUCAAGAGGAACUCGUUGAAAUGCUCAUGGUCAAGCUUGCAAACAAGGAAAAGGAGGUGGAAAUGCUGCGGUGUAAGCAGAACGUAGUAGAUCAGCAGUGUGCAGUGCAUGAUCGUCAACUACAACAACAACACGAAGAGCAUACAAGCGUUGUUAGUGAAUUGACGUCGACAAUCCAGGAGCUGCAGCGACAAGUGCAGCUACUACAGAUUCAGUGCGAACAGCUUCAAGUUGAUAGUGACGCGCAGCAUACUGCUGCACUUGAGCAGCGGAGACUGCGCGAGAAGGCCCAAGCACAAGUCAGACUUGAUAAUAAGGCACAUCAACAAAUUGUAGACGAGCUACGACGAGAACGAGAACAAAGUGUCAACGAUCGCUUCGCUCUAGAAAAUAAACUGCAGACGAUUCUCCAGGACCAGCAAACACAAAGCACCUUAGUAGAGGAGCUCGAGUCGAGGUGUGCUCAACUCGAAGACGGGCUGGAACACUCGGUAGAAAGUUGUCAGCAGCUCCGAGAGGUUUUAGUACACGAGGAACAGAAGCGUAAGGAUGUCGCAGCAAUGUGGAAGAAGCUCGAGGAGGAAAAGCUUGCUUUGGAAGAGAAGCAUCGAGCGUUGAUAAAGACCCUGAAAGGUGCUAAUUCACGAACGGCUGACAUGGAGAAAAAGAGGAGUGAGCUAUGCCAGGUCGAGAACCAGUUACGUGAGCAACUCGCAGCACUAACAAAAGAGAACAGUGAAUUGAAAGCACGCAGGGGCCAAAUGAGCUCGCAGACCAAACAUCUACAAGCUCGAAUUGCUGCUCUCGAAAGCGUCAACUUUGUUCAGGAGAAGAAACUGGAAGACGCCGUUACUGAGUUGGAGAGUGCUCGAAGGUACUGUCGUGACUUCCAGUUCCGCACCAAGCAGCUUCAAGAAGAAGUCAUGUUCCUGAAAAACCGAAAAUCAGCAGCAAUUGACAAUCCAGCUACUUCUGACGUCCAAAUUGCAGCACCCGAGACCGACGCAAACGACAUGCCUUGCUGGAUGAAAGACUAA